UCUAAUAUUUCUCCUCUUUUUCUUCUCUUCCGGUCUUCUUGAGCCUUAAGAAACCCUUCCUUGGCCUUUAUAACCAAAACCUUCGCUCUCGCUCACUCUCCAUUCGAUUUCAUUCGAAGAAAGACGGAGGAAAAAAAAGUGGAAGCGAAGAGGCAUCAUGAGCAGCAUCGGCACGGGUUACGAUCUCUCGGUCACUACGUUCUCCCCCGAUGGGAGAGUCUUCCAAAUUGAGUACGCCGCCAAGGCCGUCGACAACAGCGGGACUGUAAUUGGGAUCAAAUGCAAGGACGGGAUCGUUAUGGGUGUGGAGAAGCUCAUUUCAUCGAAGAUGAUGUUAGCAGGGUCGAAUCGGAGGAUCCAUUCCGUUCAUCGGCAUUCUGGCAUGGCUGUGGCAGGCUUGGCUGCAGAUGGUAGGCAAAUCGUUGCACGAGCUAAGUCUGAAGCAACCAGUUAUGAAAGAGUCUAUGGCGAACCAAUACCCGUGAAAGAACUUGCAGAACGUGUUGCCGGUUAUGUUCAUCUUUGCACGCUUUAUUGGUGGCUGAGGCCAUUUGGCUGUGGAGUUCUUCUUGGGGGUUAUGACAGAGAUGGACCGCAGCUGUACAUGAUUGAACCAUCAGGAAUCUCAUAUAGGUACUUUGGUGCUGCAAUUGGAAAGGGAAGACAGGCUGCAAAAACAGAGAUAGAGAAGCUGAAGUUAUCUGAACUAACUUGCAGGGAAGGGGUUAUUGAAGUUGCCAAGAUAAUUUAUGGGGUACAUGACGAGGCAAAGGAUAAAGCCUUUGAGUUGGAAAUGAGCUGGGUCUGUGAUGAGUCCAAUCGCCAGCACCAGAAGGUGCCAGAUGAUCUCUUGGAGGAAGCCAAGGCAGCUGCGAAAGCUGCAUUAGAGGAAAUGGAUGCAGAUUAAGAGCAUUUGAUCGGUGCUUCAUUUUAUAUUCAUUUUCAACUUCGUACACUCCGGCAAUGUAUUCAGUUUGCUCAUUUUUCUGUUGUCGAUGAAACUCGCCCCUCCCAUAGGGAUCUGCUCAAGAAAAUCAGGUUAUGAGUGUUUUUCAUUGUAUUGUUAAAAUGAACAUUGUUUUGUGGUGAUAGCUAGUGAAAAACUGACUUUUUCAUAGGUUGCUUUAGCAUGAAACUGUUGGAUCUUCUAUCACAAAUGCAAACGAAACCUUGUUUCAGUUGCUUAGGCUC